ACUUCAGCCCCGAAAGGUUCAUGUCUUGUGACUGAAAAAAACAUGCGACGUUCUUUCUUUUUUGCGUCAGAUUUUACAUCAGAUUCCUGGCUCCAAAGGAUUUAACAUGUCGUUACGAACCUUUGUAUUAGUACUCUUCAUCGGCGUCGUGUAUUUUGGUGUUACAAAGGCGCAGUUUGAGGACUGUCGAUGCAAAUGUGUCUGCCCGGGAGAUCCCCACAGUAAACACAAAGUCAACGUGACUGUGGUCAGCGUGCCUGCCUUGGAAUGCACAUGCCAGCAUGUUACAGGCAGGAGUGAGUUGGAAUGCCUUCGUUGUGAGUGCAAGUUUGAGGUCCGGUCUACCACGAUCAUCAAGAUUGUGGUCAUAUUCGUCCUGGUCCUGAUUGGUGUCUUGUUGGCGUAUCUCAUCGCGUUGCUUAUCAUGGAUCCAGGAAUGCUGAAGAGGAGCGAAACAGACCGCAGGAGACAGCCUCAGGAAGUUCUUUAUCAGGAUGCUGCGGAGGUUGCACCAGGAUCGUCAUACUUCGGCCGACGUCUUGGCCGUGUCGGAUCAGCCCAGAAGAGAUGGCAGCACAAAGUCAAGCAACAGCGACAGGACGUCUUUCAGGACCACACCCUGUUGAGCUAGCCAGAGAUCACUUGGCUGAGCCAGUUCAAAUGGUCCAUUUUAGGUCUUUGACUACGGCUAGCCGCAUAUUGUGACUCAGAGAUAUUUUCUUGUGGAAUCUGACAAGCCACUGUUGGUGGCUGGAAGGCUGUGUAGUUUCAUGCUAUAGGAACAGGAACCUAUUUGCCCUUUAUUAAAUUUUAUUUUAGGGUGCAAUUGUCAGAAAAUAAUGACAAAUGUAACCAUUUUGAUUAAAUGGAUACAUGUUGUCCUUUGCCCGAUAGGACAAGACAGGAGUACUUUAAUGUGUUAACCAAAAUAAAAGUUUCAUAUGUAAACCAAAAAUACAAGUUUCGGGGAAGCUGAAAUGCAGAUGGAACAGAUUUAUUUAUUUGUUAACUUGUGUUGAACUUAUUUACUGAAGAGGUGGGGGAAGUCUGAAAAAUCACUUUCAGGAAAC